AUGGCUAGAAAGAUGCUUAACGAAGGUGUACCUGAUUUGAAUAAAGGCGAACAAGGGAAGAAUUAUGACUUUGAUUUGUUUAUUAUUGGAGCUGGAAGUGGCGGUGUUCGUGCUGCUAGAUUUUCAUCUAAUUUUGGAGCGAAGGUUGGUGUUUGUGAGCUUCCUUUUCAUCCUAUUAGCUCGGAAACAAUUGGAGGAGUCGGCGGCACGUGUGUCAUUCGUGGUUGUGUUCCCAAAAAGAUUUUGGUCUAUGGAGCAUCAUAUGGAGGUGAACUUGAGGAUGCUAGAAAUUUUGGAUGGGAAUUGAAUGAGAAAGUUGACUUCAAUUGGAAGAAGCUCUUGCAAAAGAAGACAGAUGAAAUAAACAGAUUAAAUGGAAUUUACAAGCGGUUGUUAUCCAAUGCUGGGGUUAAACUAUUUGAAGGUGAGGGAAAGAUAGCUAGUCCAAAUGAAGUUGAGGUGACACAAUUGGAUGGCACUAAGUUGUCCUAUUCAGCAAAGCAUAUUUUGAUUUCAACUGGCAGCAGGGCUCAGCGUCCUAAUAUUCCUGGCCAGGAGUUGGGUAUAACAUCUGAUGAGGCAUUAAGUUUAGAGGAGUUCCCUAAACGUGCUGUGAUCCUCGGAGGAGGUUAUAUUGCAGUUGAGUUUGCAUCGAUAUGGCGUGGGAUGGGUUCCACUGUCAAUCUUGUUUUCAGAAAGGAACUUCCAUUGAGAGGUUUUGAUGACGAAAUGAGAUCUGUAGUUGCCAGGAACCUUGAAGGUAGGGGAAUUAAUUUGCAUCCAAGGACAAAUUUGACACAGUUGACCAAAACAGAGGAUGGCAUUAAAGUUAUUACAGACCAUGGUGAGGAGUUGAUUGCGGAUGUGGUGCUAUUUGCCACUGGUAGGGCUCCUAAUUCUAAGAGGUUGAAUUUAGAAAAAGUGGGUGUAGAGCUUGAUAAGGCAGGAGCAAUAGUGGUAGAUGAGUAUUCACGCACCAACGUCCCUAGCAUAUGGGCUGUGGGUGAUGUAACCAACCGAUUGAAUCUUACCCCGGUGGCCUUGAUGGAAGCAUCACUCUUUGCAAAAACAGUAUUUGGUGGGCAAGCAAGCAAGCCAGACUAUAAUGACAUUCCAUAUGCAGUGUUUUGCAUUCCACCACUUUCAGUAGUUGGUCUAAGUGAGGAGCAGGCAGUAGAGCAGACAAAGGGUGAUAUAUUGAUUUUCACAUCAACCUUCAAUCCUAUGAAAAAUACAAUUUCUGGGCGGCAAGAAAAAACUGUUAUGAAGCUUGUUGUUGAUGCUCAGACCGAUAAAGUUCUUGGAGCAUCUAUGUGUGGGCCUGAUGCACCUGAAAUUGUUCAGGGUAUAGCUAUUGCAAUUAAGUGUGGAGCUACGAAAGCGCAGUUUGAUAGCACCGUUGGAAUACACCCAUCGUCAGCUGAGGAAUUUGUGACCAUGCGCUCGGAGACAAGGCGUGUUACAGGUGGUGUGAAGCCAAAAACAAAUUUGUAA